AUGGGCCGUAUCAUUAUUCACGCAGUCCGCCAUGCUCAAGGCUUUCACAACCUUGGCGAAGAAUUCUUCAAUCUUCUAGACCCGGCGCUAACACCAUUCGGAGAACAACAAUGUGCUGAACGUCGCCAGGCCUCGUUUCAAGAUCAGUCAAAGUUCAGAUUUAUCGCUUCUUCGCCCAUGACCCGAACAAUACAUACGACUUGUCUCAUUUUCGACAAGGCUCUCCAGACACAGGACAUUCUUGCUAUCCCCGAAGCCCAGGAAAUUUCUGAUCACAACUGCGAUAUAGGAAGCCCGCCAGCCGUGCUCGCAGAAAGGUGCUUACAAAACGACUGGCCUGUAGACUUGAGUCUUGUAUCAGAGGGAUGGAACGACAAAGACCUCUACGGACCAAAUAGCCCAAUUACCGGUGCCUGUGCAGAGAGAGCCAGGGCAGUGAGAAGAAUACUUCGAGAAAGGACCAAUGACCUAAUCAAAGAUGACGACGAGGAUGUCCACAUCGCUUUAGUCGCACACGGAAGUUUCCUCCACUACUUUAGCAACGACUGGGAAAACAGCACACUGGGGUGUGGUACUGGAUGGAAGAACUGCGAGACAAGGAGAUAUGUAUUCCAGAACGACGAAAGUGACGAGGAUGCGUGGGUUGUGGAGACUGAGGAGAGCCGGCAGGCUAGGGGCUUAAAGGGGCCUGCACCUUCAGCAGAAGAGCAACGGGAGUUGUAUGAAAAGACCAUGGUUGGAUGGGUCGAGCAAGGGCUUCCCGAUAUCAGAUACUACGCUACAGCGUUGGCGCAUCCAAGGCAUGAGGAUCAGGCCAAGUUGUAA